AUGCGUGUACAGCCCACAAACCAAGAGUGGACUGUCAACCGCCGCUACUCACAAUUCCUGCAAUUACGAAGGGAUCUUCAGCACAAGCUUGCCGCACACUGUGCCUCGUGUGCCAACUGUGCUAGUUUUAAUCGUGCUAUUAUGAAGUUCCGGUUUCCGAGCAAAUCGCUGAUACGCACAAAUUCAGUUGUACGUUACCGUGUCGCGGCUCUGCAGGACUUCCUUAAGCUUUUGGUAGGGCGCGUGUACAACGACAUUUCCAAGUGUGGUGUAUGCGGCUUAAGGACAAAAGACCUAAUGCGGCCAUUCCUUAUUCGAGGAGCGCAGCCAAUGAAUGGCUCUAUAAUCUCAAAAAUCAACAAGUCGCUUUCGCUCGAAUCGUAUGCCGUCGUGAACCAGCCAGUGAUGCCAGUGCCUGAGCCGACUCCGCUCAUUUCGCCUUCUUUACUUGGUAGAGAAUUGUUCAGUGCAAGCAAGUCUUCUAGCAAGCCUAUCUUUACACACAGUCAAAGCAAGUCGAUCUUCUCGAGUAGCAAAGGAUUGAUGAGCUCUGCGUGCAGAAGUACAAGGUCAGAUGAUGCUUCUACUCAGCCAAACGAAUCAGAAGACCCGAUCAUGGACUAUUCGGACAGUGAUGAUGAUGGAUGUUUAAAGAGGUACGAUGACGUACGCUGCUAUGACGAGUGCAUUCCUCUGGAGGAAGCGAUGAAGCAAGUUGUCGUCCCCAGAGGUGUAAGUCUUACGUGCGAAGAAGUGGUCGUACGUUUGACGUCGAUGUGGGCCGCUUACGACUUAAAUGAGGCACUUACAUCGCUACCACCUGAGCGGCUAUCACAGCAAGCCACCUUUCCUAUCGACGAGAAGGAGUAUGCAUUCUGA